AUGCCAGACUCCGAUCGCCAGCAAGGGGAUUGUAUCGGCGCCUUCCCAGGCACAGAGUGCGGCACCAAAUCAAAACCUUCCACCGAUAUAGAUCCACAUCGUGUGGGGAAAUGUCAGCCGUGGUCAAUAUCCGCCGGGCUGAGGUCAAUGGAUAUCACAGCGCAAAAAAUCAACAUCCUGAUCUCUAGCUCAAUCGGCCAGGACACCGCUCUCGGCUCCAUUGAAUAUCUAUCACACGCCUUGCAUUACUUUCUCCUCUCCAGAAUCUGGAGGAAACUCAAGGCUCGCCUGUAUGCUCUGCUGAGAGUGAUUCAGAGACGUAAAACUACUCCGUGUCAACAUCACUCCCGCCCUGAACGAGUCAGGACACCUCCGUGGUCACCGCUUCUGUCCCUGUCAACUUUGAUGUUCGACACUCGUUGCACCCUACGUCUCCUGGGACUAUUCUCGAUAUGGACCUGGGGCUCGGAAACCGCAAAGGCUCCACCGGUGGAUCGAAUGGUUCGAACACUUACGCGGCUUCAGUUAUUGGCGACCACAUCGUACCAACUCCUAGAGAAUGUCGCGUUCCUCAUGUCGAAGGAUGUUUUACCGGAGCGAUUAUGGGGACGGCUGGAUGGCGAGAAGCUGUUUUCUUGGAGUCUUCUUUCUCUGUGUGCACAUAUGAUACUCCAGUUAGGCAAGCUUUGGCGGGAGAGUGUGCUUAGAAAGGAAGAAGACCGGAAAGUGAUGUUAUCCAGCAAUGGGUGCAUAAACAUGAUUGACAAGGAAGAGGAAAGUGCGACUGGAAUCGGCGACAACGACACGGAAAUAUCAAUACGGCAAGAAGAAACCACGGAAGCGAGGAAGAGCUUAAUAUCUAGCUUGACUUGGGGAGCAUUAUGUGCGCAUUGGGGUAUGCCCGCUGGAAUUGGGAUUCCGGAGGCCUUCAUAGGGGCCUUGAGCUUUGUUGCUGAUGCUUGGGAACUAAGGGAUACAUGGAAUUCAAUCGAAGUUCCAUAG